AAAGCAAUGGUUGGUACAAGAAGAACAUCAUCUGAUACAACCCCACUCCUGGACCCCCAACACCACCACCAUCAUAGCUAUUCCAAUCGCCCCUCCUCCGCCUCCGCCUCCGCCUCAAUGGCCGCCGGGUCUCCCUUCUCCGCCGUCGCCACCCCCCGCGGCUCCUCCGUCUUCCUCGGCGUUGACGUCGGCACCGGCAGCGCCCGCGCAGGUCUGUUUGAUGAGAAUGGAAAACUUCUAGGUUCUGCUAGCAGCCCAAUACAGAUUUGGAAGGAGGGUGACUGUGUUGAGCAAUCUUCAACUGAUAUUUGGCAUGCAAUCUGUGCGGCUGUGAAAUCAGCAUGUUCCCUUGCAAAUGUUGCUGGGGAAGACGUAACGGGUUUGGGAUUUGCCGGUACUUGUUCCCUAGUUGCUGUGGAUUCUGAAGGCUCCCCUGUUUCAGUUUCUUGGAGUGGUGAUUCAAGGAGAAAUGUGAUAGUAUGGAUGGACCAUAGAGCUGUAAAACAAGCUGAGAGGAUAAAUUCAUGUAACUCAACAGUAUUACAGUACUGUGGUGGUGCUCUUUCUCCUGAAAUGCAACCACCUAAGCUUUUAUGGGUGAAAGAAAAUUUGCGAGAAUCAUGGUCAAUGGUUUUUAGGUGGAUGGACUUGAGUGACUGGUUGUCAUACAGAGCAACAGGAGAUGAUACUCGAAGUUUGUGUACCACAGUGUGCAAAUGGACAUAUCUUGGUCAUGCACACAUGCAACAGAUAGAGAAAGAGUCCCGAGAUAUGGAAGCUUGUGGAUGGGAUGAUGACUUCUGGGAGGAGAUUGGCUUAGGUGAUCUUAUGGAUGGACAUCAUGCUAAGAUAGGACGAAGUGUAGCUUUUCCUGGCCAUGCUUUGGGUUCUGGUUUAACACCUACUGCUGCGAAGGAAUUGGGUCUGAUAGCAGGACUUCCUGUGGGAACUUCGCUGAUUGAUGCUCAUGCUGGCGGUGUGGGAGUAAUGGAAAGUGUGCCUGUGUCAGAUUCUGAAUCAAAAGAGUUUGACGAGGAAGCUAUAUGCCGUCGUCUGGUAUUAGUCUGUGGAACUUCUACUUGUCAUAUGGCUGUAUCCAGGAACAAGUUGUUCAUCCCAGGGAUCUGGGGACCAUAUUGGUCAGCGAUGGUACCUGAGUAUUGGCUGACAGAGGGUGGCCAGAGUGCUACUGGUGCAUUGUUGGAUCAUAUAAUUGAAAACCAUGUUGCUUCUUCUCACCUUGCUAAUCGUGCUGCUUCUAAAGGUAUUUCUGUGUUUCAAUUACUGAACAAGAUUUUGGAGUCAAUGAUGCAUGACCUGGGAUCUCCUUUUAUUGGUGCUUUGACUGAUGAUAUACAUGUCCUUCCUGAUUUCCAUGGAAACAGGUCUCCCUUUGCAGACCCAAAGUCGAAAGGUAUUGUCUGUGGCUUAACUCUAGACACAGGUGAAAAACAGUUGGCUCUUCUAUACCUUGCCACAGUGCAGGGUAUUGCAUAUGGUACACGUCACAUCGUGGACCACUGCAAUGCCCAUGGGCACAAGAUUGAUACGCUACUUGCAUGUGGUGGACUUGCAAAGAACCCUGUGUUUAUUCAGGAGCAUGCAGAUAUCAUUGGUUACCCUAUAGUUAUGCCUCGAGAAAGUGAAUCUGUGCUCUUAGGUGCUGCCAUUCUUGGUGCUGUUGCUGCAAAGAAAUAUACUAGUGUCAAUGAGGCCAUGAAAGCACUCAAUGCAGCUGGACAGGUUGUCCGUCCAUCUGAAGACCCGAAAGUGAAGAAGUACCAUGAUGCCAAAUACCAUAUUUUCCGUGAACUUUAUGAGCACCAGCUUUCUCAUCGUUCAAUUAUGUCUCAAGCUUUGGCAUAGUUUAUGCCUGGAUUGGUUUCAAACUCAUGCAUACUGGUGCUCCUCUGUUCAAAUGCUUUCCUUGCAAAAUAAAAAUUUGAAGUGUUCUGUUUUGCAGAAUGCAACAGGAACACUGAAUCCAAUGCAGUUACUCUCAGCCUUUUUGCUGAAAAAUCAAAUGUACAGGCUAUUCUUAUGGUUCUUCUUUCUGGUUCUUAUUUAUUAUUAUUAUUUAUUUAUUUAUAUUUA